AUGUCGGAGCUUCGACUCAUCCGAAUGAGAUUGAUUCGUGAUCUGGAUUUGCCUAAAACGCAUCGAUUUCCAUGCGGAGUGCGGCUGUUAAAAGUGGAACUCAGUUUGCCUGGAUUAGUACAACCUCAAAACACACGUCAACUGGCCCAGUUUUUGCGCCGAUCGCGGGGCUGGUCACAACGCUGGCUAAACUGUGGUAAUCGUGGCGAUAUUUCUGUAAAUCGGAAGAGUAGAAAUACGCGUCGUCUGAGUGCAGACAAACGAGGAUCGUUUGGAUUGGAAAGCUCGACGGGAUCAACCGGUCUGUACACGCGAUCCGAUCGAUGGAUUCAAGCCAGCUACGUACAACAACCGAGAAACGGAGAUUUAUGGUAUAGAGCCUCUUCAACUCGUGUACAAAUCAGUGUUUGCCUCAACGAUGAUGUAUUCAUAUCCAGUAGAUUAGUCUCAACUCGUAACAACAGCCAGAACAGCAGUGUUUCAUCCAUUGCAACAACUUCACUCUCCACAUUAGAACUACCGGACGGAGCUAGUCUGAUUCAGGAUUGUCCACAUUAUUUUUACUGGGAUUCCGGUCGUCUGGCACAUCCGAUUGUGACCAGCCAAAGUUUUCUAAUCACGGAGCAAAAUCGUCUCGUGCUCUAUUUGACCAUAGACGGUGCACGAAGGAAAUGUCCUGUGUGGACCCGAGCGGAAUUGCACGCGUUAAGCCUGUCAAUGGGUUAUACCAAAUUCGCGCCCAAUUCCAAUUUGGACGUGCGGAAACAGGCAAUCAGUCAAAAUCACGUUUCGCCAAGUCCAGUUCCCGAAGAAAACCAGACGGAUAUCACGUUUGAAGUCAUUUUGGAUCGCAAGCCUGGACAAUCACUUGGACUGACUUUGGUAGAAAAAUCUUUGUGGCAGGAUUCGGCGGAAAAUGCUAGUCCAUCGAGAAAAAGACGGUCAGGAAUUUUCAUCAAACAUCUCGUACCUGGUGGACUUGCUGAUCGUUCCGGUUUGUUACGAGUAAACGAUCAGUUGCUCACAAUCAACUCAGUCAGUGUGCUUUCCUGUGACACGGACCAGAACGGUGGGGAUAGAACACAUUCGGUACAAUGGCCCCAAUCAACCCAAUUCGAUUGCACAUUCGAUUUUCCAAGCACUCAACUGCCAUCCGCUUGGAUCAAUCCUGUUCGAAGCGGCACAAAUCCAAAAUCUGGUUUGAAUAUCAGUACUAUAUCGAACGGUUCCAUGAUGUAUCCGUUUGCGGUGCGAUUACUGCGCCAAGCAAUUGGUCCGGUUCGUUUGGGAAUGAAACGAGGAACCACACAAAAACAAAACUCAGACCAGCAGAACAUCACGGACCAGACCAUAGUAGAUGUGGAACCGGAAACCACAGAAAUGUUGCCCAUCACCUCCAUGUGUGACGAGAGUGGGAUCUCUCAGUCCGUCACACAAAAUCUGUUCAACAACCAGCAACCCGGAUCGGUGAGCCAAUCCGACUUGGUAUUGUUCCCGGACAGGACUAAGACACCGGAAAAUAUACUCUCCCAGGAACAGUCUGCUGACUCGACUAGACGCGCAAGUUCUCCACUUGAAAGUGAGUAUGAUUUAUCUAUAUCUAUCUAUCUAUCUAUCUAUCUAUCUAUCUAUCUAUCUAUCUAUCUGUGUAUAUAUAUAUACAGGUGUUAA